ACUGUGCAAAACGCUCAAAAGAUUAACUCGUCAGUAUUUCGAAUCGAAGCGAACGCGUAUACGAAAACAUAUUAUUUCGCAUUUUAGCAAAUCGAAAGUAAACUGUUUAGAAUACGAAUAAGGAGGCAAAGGCAACCCAAAUAGCACACAGCUCAAAAUGCACAGCAAAUUAUUGGAUGAGUUUAAUGAGAAUGGCUAUCUGGUCAUCGAGGACUUUCUCACACCGGCCGAGGUCGAUACGCUGUAUCAGGCGGGACGGGCUUUAUGUAUGGAGGCGCCACAAACGAAUCGGAAAAUCUUCAGCACUUUGAAGGCAGAAAACGGGCACAGUAAGGAGCUGUAUUUUCUGGAGUCGGGCGACAAGGUGCGCUAUUUCUUUGAGACCGGCGCCGUAGGCGAUGAGGGAGAGCUGGUGGUAGAUCCCAUGAUUGCUCUGAACAAAGUGGGCCAUGCCCUACAUGUGGAGCAUCCCACAUUCAAUUCGCUGACAUUUAGCAAUCGAGUGCGUGAGAUUUGCUGGCAGCUGAACUUCAAUCGUCCUGCCGUUUGUCAGAGCAUGUACAUAUACAAGAAUCCGGGCAUUGGUGGCGAGGUGAUACCGCAUCAGGACUCGUGGUUUCUUCACACAGAUCCCAAUUCGGCUGUGGGUUUCUGGUUCGCACUGGAGGACUGCACGCUGCAGAAUGGCUGCCUGCAGUUCAUUAAGGGCUCACACAAGAGUGGCGUCCAUCGACGCUAUUUGCGUAAUCCCGACAAGGAGUCCUCAGAGCUGAUGGUGUAUGAUCGGGCGGCGCCCGUUUAUCCACAAUCGAGCUUCACGCCACUGCAAGUGAGCAAGGGCACUUGCAUCGUCAUUCACGGAAAUGUUGUGCACAAAAGCGAGCCAAAUCGCUCGGCCAAGAGCCGUCACGCCUACACGUUCCAUGUCAUUGAGACUGAGAAUAAUGUGAAGUAUUCAGAGGAAAAUUGGCUGCAGGCGCCGCAGGACAAGCCCUUCCCGGUGCUCUUUGAGCGCAAGGAUUAAGCUCAUUUGCCAUACUUUGUAUUUUUGUCAUUUAAGAUUUUAUUGUGUACUGAAAAAGAGCGCUGUAAGUUCUAGUUAGUUAUAUUUGUAUAUGCGUGAAGCAUAUGCGACACUGAAAUUAUAAUAAACAAAUGAAGUCCUAGUUAAAACUAAAA